AUGGAGAAGCAGGAGCCUUUCUGGAAAUUCCAACUGGUGCCGGAUAUCUUUGUGGAUUACUAUGAGAUCGCCAACCAAAGCCCUGGACGGAAAGUAACUACCCAGCCCAACCUUGGGCUAAUCGACCAGCUCUAUGGGGAUUCAGAUGCCCUUCCCCAGUGGCAGGAACAGGACCAAAAGCCAUGGGAACGAUUUGUGGCCUACGUCAAUCGUCUGAACGCACGAAGUCCCAAACAUGUCAGCUACAAGGUCCUGUAUCUCACCAGGCAUGGACAAGGUGUUCAUAAUGAUUAUGAAAGCAAGGUUGGGAGGGACAAUUGGAAUGACUACUGGGCUCGUCUGGACGGAGACGGUUCGAUCUACUGGGUCGACGCAUGGCUCACCGCGACGGGAAUACAACAGGCUCGAGAGCUGGGCCAGUUCUGGAGGGACGUCGCGCCGGAGCAGAAGAUCCCACUGCCCGAGACGGUCUACACGAGUCCUUUGGCGCGAUGUCUUCAUACGACGAAACUCAUGUUCUCUCCCGCCUUUGCGAAAGAGGGAGAGCGUCUAGCCCCCUUAGUGAAGGAAGGCCUGCGAGAACGAUUGACGGAUCAUACCUGCGACAAGCGAAGUUCGCUGUCCUGGAUUAACCGAUACUAUCCGUCGUUUCUGAUCGAGAACGGGUUUUCCGAAGAAGACCGGCUGUGGUCGCCGUUCCUCUCAGAAAGCAUCAAGGAGCACGUGGCGAGAAAGCAACGGGUGCUGGAGAACCUGUAUGAGCGCGAUCCUAACCAGAUCAUCUCUCUGACCGUUCAUUCGUAUGCCAUUGGAGCUAUCCUCCGGGCGUGUGGAGCCGAAGAGGAGUUCAUCGUCCGCGAAGGGUCGACCAUUGCGCUGUUGGUGCGGGGAGAGAGGCCGCCUUUGCGUCGGUAUGAAGCCAUGUAUUAUUAG